UAGCAAUCUCCGUUAAAAUUAACAAAAUAAAAUUAUUGUAAGGAAUGUCAAAAGAAACAAAAGAAACUGAACUCAAAGAAUCAAAUAUUUAUAUUGAUUGGUUAGAAAAAUCAAUUGAUGAUGAACACAUCAAUUAUUACAAUUAUUCAGAAUUUAAAAGUUUAAAACAUUUAGGAAGUGGUGCGUGUGGCAGUGUUUCUCGUGCUAAUUGGAAAAAUAGUUUGUUCGCUUUAAAAUCUUUCAGUAAUGAUUAUGAAACGCUUAAAGUUGUUGUCAAUGAGAUAAAAUUGCAAAAAAAAGUACAUUUUCACGAAAAUAUCUUACAACUCUGUGGCAUUACAAAGAUAGGAACCGGCAAAAAAAAAAUAUUCGUUAGUUUUAGAAUAUGCUGACAGCGGCACAUUACGAGCUUAUUUAAACAAACAAUUUAAUGAACUUGAUUGGAAUGAUAAAUAUUUGUUAUCAUUUCAAUUAUCUAGUGCAGUUGCAUUUUUACAUGAUAAUGAUAUUAUCCACCGCGAUCUGCAUGCAGAUAAUGUACUUGUACAUCAAAAA